CUUAUCAUGACAUAACUUAUGCCACAAAUUAACCAAAUAUAUACAUGCAUCCUACAGUGCUUUGGAUUAUUCUCAAUAUUUUUACCGGACCAAGUCGGAAUCCAGUAUGACCUUAAAGAAGCAAACGAAAUUACGCUAAAAGCAGUGGAGACUGUGGCUGGUGACAAAUUUUCAUGGAUGGACCUGCCCGGUCUCCGAUUCACGGUGCAUUACGGAUGCCUCUUUUUGCAAAUGGGGACAGCAUUAUUUCUCGGGGCGACCAAUAUAUGCAAGUGUGGCGGGCUUAUCAAUUUUAUCGCUGGAACCCUCUGGAUCACGUGCCGUCUCGUAGUCACAGGAUUUUGGGUACCAUUGCUGUACCGAAUUUUAUCCAUUACCAGCAGAACAGAAGACAUCAUGAAAUGGCAACGCUACGGAUAUUUUCUCGGCACCAAUCUCAUAAUUCAUGUCUACUUUCUCUUCGUGGUGCGAUAUUACACGAUGGAAGCGUGGGACAUGUGGACGUAUCGACCAAGAACGCCCGACUUUCGUCACCCUCUCCGACGACACAUUCCUCCCUCUGGAAAACUUAUCGACAGAAAGUUCAAGUACCACAAGAGGCCCGCAAAAAAGGAAAACUUGACGGAAUGGCGUCAACGGAAAUUACUGCAUGACUCGGUCACUCCGGAAUAUCGGGAUCGAGUCGCGUGGGAUUUGGAAGGCGGCGUCCCCAUGUGGCAUCUAGGGAACGAAUUCACCAUUCGUGGCGAAGAUUAUUCCGGCUUUGAUCCCAUGCGGCAUUACGUAGAAUAUGAACGUAUAGCGGACACUGGAGUGUUCGACUGGGACGAGGAGGAUUUCCUAGAUGACGAAAAAAUGGAUAAAGUUCGUGACGUCAUUAUCAAUCCACAACUUGGUGCUUCAAAUGCAUUUCGUGAUGUUAACACGACUAAUUAUGAUAAUACGGCGAAUAAUUCUGAAGCAUCACGGAAAGUUGGAAAGGUUCCCGUUCUUGCGGGAUACUAUUCUGGACUAAUCACAGGACUUAAGGGUCACGCUGGGCAUCAUAAAAAGAAACAUGCCCAUCAUACUUUUAUGGAGAAAAUUGUGGAUGCCGCCACCCAUACGAAAAAAGAAACACCCAAAAACAUCAAAGGUCCCCCUGAGCCUAAAAGUGGAGGAAAAACUGAGAACCCUCAAAAUAAAGGAGCUCCACCUCCUCCCCCUCCAGAAAAUAAAAAUACAUUAAAAUAGUGCAGAUUUUAAUCAAGGUUAUCAA